ACUCCAAAACGCUCUCCCCUUCUCUAUAAAUCGAUCCGUCACAAUUCACAAAGCUCAACGCACCUGAAGCAAAAUCCAACCAAAGAUUGUAACAGGCAAACGGCUAGCACACAGUGAUCAGCCGACCGGCGGCAAUGGCGGCGGCGAAGAAGAGCGGGAGCGAGAUGACGGUGGUGCGCGGGCUGGACGUGGCGCGGUACAUGGGGCGGUGGUACGAGAUCGCGUCGUUCCCGUCCUUCUUCCAGCCCCGGGACGGCCAGGACACGCGCGCGACCUACGCGCUGCUGGAGGACGGCGCGACGGUGCACGUGCUCAACGAGACGUGGAGCAAGGGGAAGCGCGACUACAUCGAGGGCACCGCCUACAAGGCCGACCCGGCCAGCGACGAGGCCAAGCUCAAGGUCAAGUUCUACCUCCCGCCCUUCCUCCCCAUCAUCCCCGUCGUCGGCGACUACUGGGUGCUCUACGUCGACGACGACUACCAGUACGCGCUCGUCGGCGAGCCGCGCCGCAAGAGCCUAUGGAUUCUGUGCAGGAAGACGAGCAUCGAGGAGGAAGUGUACAACCAGCUGGUGGAGAGGGCCCAGGAGGAAGGCUACGACGUGAGCAAGCUGCACAGGACGCCGCAGCACGACCCGCCGCCGGAGAGCGACGCCGCGCCCACCGACGCCAAGGGGGGCUGGUGGUUCAAGUCGCUCUUCGGGAAAUGAUCGAUCACUGUGGUGCUAGCACCAGCGUCGUCUGCUGUAUCUACAAUACGUGCCGCGAGCGGUGAAUAAAUGGGACCUGUAUAUUUGUUAAGAAAAACUUAUGUAGAAUUGGUAUCGGUCUGCUGUUAGUGUGCCCUGUUCGUGUUCUGUUAUACAUGUGUUUGGAUAAGUGCAGUUAAGCACUUGGCUUA